AUGGAUUAGCUUGAUAUUGAUUCAUCGAAGUUUGAUUGCCAAAAAUAUGUGAGUGAAUUCUUAAAGAAUCAUAGUGUUUAAGAUCUAAUACAAAGACAUAAUUAAUUGUAAUCAGAAAUCAAAGAAUAUGAUUAAGAUAUAUAAUCACUAGUAUUUGAAAAUUAUAGCAAAUUCAUAUCCUCAAUUGAUACCGUCAAGAAAAUGAAAACUGACAUUACCCAAAUUGAUUAAAAGGUAGAGACUUUGGCACAAUCCAUGACCAAAAUAGCCUAAUUGUCAAGAAGAAUAGAUUCCUAAUUGUCAAUUAAAAGAGAAGAAAUCAUCAAACUGGAUACUGUCAAUAAGGAUUUGAGUCGUCUUAAUUCGGUUUGCAAUUUUUCCACACAUAAUCCAAAAAGAAUUAGAUCAAUAUAAAUCUAGUAAAGGAAAGAAUUAUGA